CCCCCUCCCCCCCUAUAGCGGCCCCCCGCGGCGGCCCGGACCCAGGACCUGGAGCAGGCCCGCGCCCGUACAUGAGCCGCUCCGCCGAGAUAAGUUUACAUGUAUUGCAGACCAGAUCGGAAGCACUUCUGAUUUAAGAUCUGUGAAUCUUGGAAGUGUCUGCAAAGCAAAUCUUUAAGAUCAGAAAAUGAGUGAGCUUGACCAGUUACGGCAGGAGGCCGAACAACUGAAAAACCAAAUUAGAGAUGCUAGAAAAGCAUGUGCAGAUGCAACUUUAUCUCAGAUCACAGCCAACAUUGAUCCUGUGGGUCGAAUCCAAAUGCGUACUAGAAGAACACUGAGGGGGCAUUUGGCUAAAAUUUAUGCAAUGCAUUGGGGCACUGAUUCCAGGCUUCUAGUUAGUGCCUCCCAAGAUGGCAAACUCAUCAUUUGGGAUAGCUACACCACAAACAAGGUUCAUGCCAUUCCUCUGCGCUCAUCUUGGGUCAUGACCUGUGCAUAUGCACCUUCUGGCAACUAUGUGGCCUGUGGUGGGCUUGACAACAUCUGCUCCAUUUACAAUCUGAAAACUCGUGAAGGAAAUGUGCGUGUUAGUCGUGAGCUGGCUGGACACACAGGUUACUUGUCAUGCUGCCGCUUCCUGGAUGAUAAUCAAAUUGUCACCAGCUCUGGAGACACCACUUGUGCUUUGUGGGACAUAGAAACUGGCCAACAGACAACCACCUUCACUGGGCACACUGGGGACGUCAUGAGUCUUUCUCUUGCCCCUGACACCAGAUUAUUUGUUUCUGGGGCUUGUGAUGCUUCAGCCAAACUGUGGGACGUUCGAGAAGGAAUGUGCCGACAAACUUUCACAGGCCAUGAAUCUGACAUCAAUGCCAUCUGUUUCUUUCCAAAUGGCAAUGCGUUUGCCACAGGUUCAGAUGAUGCCACCUGUAGGCUCUUUGACCUCCGAGCUGACCAGGAGCUAAUGGUGUAUUCCCAUGACAACAUCAUCUGUGGGAUCACCUCCGUGUCCUUCUCCAAGAGUGGGCGCCUCCUCCUGGCUGGAUACGACGACUUCAAUUGCAAUGUCUGGGAUGCUCUCAAAGCAGACAGAGCAGGUGUUUUGGCCGGACACGAUAAUCGAGUCAGCUGCCUCGGGGUGACCGAUGAUGGCAUGGCAGUGGCAACGGGAUCCUGGGAUAGUUUCCUCAAGAUAUGGAACUAACACCUAUAGUUAACAGAUGGACUCCACCAUGACUGGAAGACCAUUCCAACCUUUGAAGAUUUACCAUGAUAGCAUAUCCAACCCGACCAUACUAACUCGGACACCCCUACACCUCCCUCUCAGAACUUCAAAAGGGCAAGAUCUUUUUCCCUUCACCUAUUGCUGAAACAAAGAGCACAAUUCCCUCUACAAGAAGAAUCUCUGUGGUCAUAAACAAAACAAAUUGUGCAUUCUUUUGGGACCAUUGUCAUAGUUUUUCUUUUUUUCUUUACUUUUUUGUCUUGAACGAAUAUAAAAAGGAAAUAUGAUAAUAAAAAUGUUCACCAGAAGGUAAGCUUGAGUUAUCGUGAAACAGGCCCACAGCUGAUUUUCACUGUCUUUUAUUUAAAGUUUAAACCAGUGGUCCUGUUUUGUGAACACAACAAGUUGAGACUUUGUUUUAUCUCAUAACGGUUUCAAAAUUUCAAGUCAUGUUUGUAGCAGGGUUUUGAAAACACAUUCUUAUUUCCUUUUUUAAAUAGAUUACUUUAUGGUCAAUAAUGAAGCAAAACAAGAGGGUCCUGCCCAGCCUCUCUGGGAUUGUUAAUGAUGUAAAUUUAGUCCCUGAUUUUUUUAUUAUUUUUUGUCUGGUGUCUCAGAUAAUUGUUGCUGCACAAAAAUAUGGCAUAUAGAGAAUAAUGUUAAGAAGUAAGGUAACCAAGCACACACAUGCUGUUAAUGGUAUUGAAUGCUUGUUUCAAGAACCUCCCCCCUUGUGAGUAGUUAACUCCACUCCGUCACCCCAUUUCUUUCCUCUUCUGCUCCGUCCUCUCUCCCCAUCAAUUACGUUUUUCCCUCCUUUGGGUUUCUUUGUGCAGUUGGAGGGCAGCAGUUCAUCUACCCUAACACUACCCCGCACCCCCAACUAUCAGGAACCUCGAUUUUCCAGAGAGAUGCCUGUCCUGUGCUUGGAUAGCCAGUCAAACUUUGUGUAUGAAAUGAUGUACAAAUCAAUGUUUUGAAAAUAAUGAUCUUGAACUUUCUAAGUUAAAACAAAUUUUUGAUUGUUUGCCAUAUUGGGUGGGUUUACUCUUAGAAUCGCAUGCUGUAGAAAUGCUAAAAACAAAAAAACAAAAACAAAACAAAAAAAUGCAUAUAGGACUAAGUCCUUAGGUGUUUGUUUUUUCUUUUCUUUUCUUUUUCUUUUUUUUUUCAGAAAUAACCUGUUUAAAGUUGUAACCAUUGCCGCUAUACUUACUUCUGGUCGCUACUCUGUGCCCGCCCCUGUGGUGCACCUUCUGCAGUAGUGCCCUAAUUCCCUCAGCCCCCACCCUUGUUUUUUUUACUGGCCCAUUUGGACGGUCCACGGGGAGGUCUGGGGGAGGGGGAAGGGAGUCAGAACCUAGACCGUCUGUCCGUCCUCUAGCAGUUCUCCACAGCCCAGUCCUCUUGUAGAAUGAGUCCUUGGCAUCGAAUGGUCGUUUUUGUAAUGACCAGGUUUUCCUGGUUUCCUUUUCAAAUAAAAUAUGACGCAGCAGCAUUUGGACAGUAAAUUGUUCUGUUAACUCUCCUCCCUUCUCACUGUCUCCAGAAUGCUCCUCCUCAGCAGCAGUAGUGGCUUUUCUCCAUUCUGUUCUUUCUGCAACAUUCUGUACAAAAAUGUGCUGUCAUCGUGCGUUAGGCCUGGACUUGGCAAAAAAGAAAAAAAAAGAAACCUCUUUCUGCCCCCUCCCGCCGCCCCCCACCCGAGCUCUCCGCCCCCCGUGUCCCUUUUCACCUUUUGUAUUUAAUUUUAAAGUCAGUGUACUGCAAGGAAGCUGGAUGCAAGAUAGAUACUAUAUUCAAAUGUACUGUUAUUUAAGAUGUAAUAAAGCAGUUUGACAUGA